UUGUGUGCCUGUGUUAUUUACUCUACUUUAAUUUUUUAAUAUAUUUGUAUUAAAUUCUUAACGUAAAUGUUUAAAUUUUCACUUUCUUUGUGAAAUGCAAUAUGGGGCGGUACAGGUCACGAAACUGGGGCCCGAUGGGUCGAGGGCAUGUCGUUGAGUUUGAGGUUAUGUACAUGUAAACAUGUGAGUUACCUGUAGCGUAGGUUAAGUGUUUAGAACUUAAAUUAGUAUGUAAUUAAUGUAACACACUGUGAUAUUAAUAUAAUUAUGGUGCGAAAUUUUAAAUCUAAGUCUAAUCGACAAAGUUGGACAGAGGAAAAUAUGAUUUCUGCUGUCGAAGCAGUAUUAAAGGAAAAUUUUAGUUGUCGACAAGCAGCUGAGAAAUACACUGUCCCUCGAGAAAGUUUAAGAAAAAGAAUUAUAAAAUGCCGUGAAAAAGAAGUGAAUAUUAAUAGUGUCUGUAAAAAAGGUAAUUAAGGUAUAUAUUAAUCAUUAUUAUAUGUUUUGUCAGUUUUCGUAUGUAAAGCUUGCGCUGAAACGAUUCGUGUUAAGUUAAAUUUUAAAAUUAUACAUAAUUUACAAAUUUAAUUAUUCUUGUUUUAUGGCUUUUAAUUCUUUUUUUUUAUAGGAUUAGGAUAUUCAAUAGUUUUCAAUGAAAAGCAAGAAUCUGAUUUAUGUGAUUAUAUUUUAUACAUGGAAGAAAGGAUGUAUGGAUUAACUGCGGAGGAAAUUCGUAAACUGGCGUUUCAGUUGUCAGUCAAAUCCAAAAUAAAGCACCCAUUUAAUUCUGACAAAGAAAUCGCAGGACCAGAUUGGUUUCAGAAUUUUAUGAAACGACACCCUAAGUUAUCCUUGCGUAAACCUGAACCAACGUCAGCUGCACGAGCUUCAGGGUUUAAUAAAGCCGAUGUAACGAAAUUCUAUGAUCUUCUCGAAGAAAUUAUUUUAAAACACAAAUUAACGGCAAAAAGAAUGUUCAAUGUUGAUGAAUUUGGAACAAGUGUUGUACCAAAAUGCGUGUCCAAAAUAGUGGCUUUAAAAGGAAAACAUCAGGUCGCUUCUCGAAAAUCUGCUAAACGAGGCCAAUUAGUCACUGCAGAAGUGUGUUUUUCGGCUGACGGACAAUACAUGCCUCCAAUGUUAAUUUUUCCUCGAAAACGAGAUAAACAAAAGUGUUUAAAUGGGAAACCAGAAGGUGCUUGGGCGGAGUUUAAUGAUAAUGGUUGGAUCGAUUCUGGCAUCUUUACCAGAUGGUUUAAGGAAUUUAUAAAAUUUACUAAAUGCACCGAAAAAUCCCCAGUCUUGCUCAUUUUGGAUGGGCAUGCGUCUCAUGUCAAAAACCUAAAUGUCAUUGAUUUAGCGCAGGAAAAUGGUGUAAUAAUUUUAUGCUUGCCUCCUCAUUGUACUCACCGUCUCCAACCUCUAGAUGUUUCUUUUAUGAAACCACUAAGUCUUAAUUAUGCUAAAGAAGUGCAAAAAUGGCUUAGAAUCCAUCCAAACCGAGUAGUAUCGAUGUUUGAAAUUUUUUCAAUAUUUGGAAAAGCAUUUGAAGCAGCUGCAACAUUAGGUACUGCCAAAAAUGGUUUCGAAAAAACCGGCAUUUGGCCUUUCAACAGGAAUCUAUUCACUGAUGCAGAUUUUGCACCUUCUCAAGUUGACACGACAGAUGUUGAAAGUAGUGGCAGUUCAUUCAUCAAUGUUCCUGAUGAAGACAGCAGAUCAUUUCGAAAAUUAAUUCAACAAUCUCAUCACGAAAUCGAUGUUAGAAUAACUCCAGAUAAAACACAAAACCAAACUAGAGAAAUCUUAAAUGCCGAUACCUACGAGAGUAACAGUCUUGUUCAUGAGUCUCAAAACGUACGCCUCGCACAAGAUGAGUUGGAAUCGUUUCAAACUAGUAGCUCAGAUCUCAUUUUGGAAGUAGUGAAGAAAAUUUUAAUAAAGUUUUUAAAAGACAAUUAUAUGUUUUUAUAUUUUGCAGAAUAUUUUAUCGGACUCUCAGAAUUCAAUUGAAUUGAGUUUACCUGUCACGAACGCUGAUAGCAUUAAUUCAGUACCAAUCAGAGUUCUAAGUAGCGUGGAUCAAAAUAUUCCAGCAAAUCCGAAAAGUGCUAAGCCUAAGUCAAAAAGAACUGGAUAUACUACUAUAAUAAGUUCACCAGAGUAUAAAGAAACUCUUUUAUUAAGUAAAGCUAAGAAGCAACCUAAGAAACCAAAGAAAAAUGAGAAUGCUAGUCAACCAGUCGCUUUAGCCAAAAAUACAGUAAAUGUGCAAGUUCCAGUGCAAUUUGUUCAGUGUAUGUUGCCAAUGCCCUUUCAAUCACGUCCUGAAUUUCAAAUUAAUGAAAAUUCGAUGUCAAAUACGCCUGCAUGUACGCUUUUUCCACAAAAAGUGCCAAUAUUGUCAAAUGCACUAAAUCAAAGAAAUCCAAAUAUUUCGACCAGACCUUCAUUGCCACUACAAGUUCAGCCAGUAACACGAAUGUUUACUCCAAGGGUUCAAUCAAUUGUACCCUCUUCUUCACUUACAAUUCGACCAGUAUACAGCCCAAAAGAAGCACAACGCGUUAAACCAAAUAUAAUAUCCUCUUUAACAAUUCGACCUGUUCAAAAUUAAAAUCUAGUGCAAACCGCUACAUCAGCAGUAUCAUCUCAGUUAACAGUUCGACCUGUUUUAAAUUAAUAAUCUUGUAAAAGGUAAUAUAAAAAUGUUGAUUUAAUGUAAUGUUUAUUUAAAAAAGAUUAUUAAUUUAUAUAAAAAUGUUGAUUUAAUGUAAUGUUUAUUCAAAAAAGAUUAUUAAUUUUAUGUAAAUCUUGUAUCUUUCAUAACACGUUUCAUAGUCGCGAAUUUUUCAAUAAAAUUUUGAAAGAAUACCUACAAAUGUCCAUUUUUUUACUAUUAAAUAUUCAAAAAGCCUUCUUACAUUAAAUAAUUAUGUAAUUAACAUAAAAACGUCAUUUAUUAAUAAAAAAAACGAGUUUAUUGCGUAUUGACCCGUCGCGCCCCUGCAUGCGACCCGUCCCGCCCUUGGCUUGGGGCUCAACGGGUCAAAGGCUCCUCUUUGAUAUAUUUAUUUGUAUUAAUUUGUAAUUUAAUUUAAAGGCACAAAUUUAACGGAAUUUAAAAAGAAUAUUAGUUUCCGAAUAUAAAUCGCAUAAAACUUUUGCGUAAUCUAUAACACAUUUCAUGCUAUAUCGCAAAAAAAAUAACUAUGCCCGUCCCGCCCCGUGUUACCCUACAAAAAGAAAUAAUUUUUAAAAAAAAAUUUAAGAAA